AGAACAAAUCAAUCACAUGGUUGUUGCGGGACAAAAUGUUUCAGAGGCUGCGUUGAGCUUGGAGUGCGGCGGAGAUGUUCCUUCCGGAAAGCUGAAUCUUCUCUCGGAGAAUGGGACUGUCGACGAUGAUGCCCAUGUUGAUGGGUGCUUUGACUGCAACAUAUGCUUCGAUUCGGCGAGCGAUCCCGUGGUCACCCUUUACGGCCACCUAUACUCGCUUGUUGAGUGCCACCUAUACUGUUGGCCAUGCCUUUAUAGGUGGCUGGAUGCGCGGAGCUCGUCCGGUGAGCCGGACCAGCGGCAUCAGACAUGCCCAAUUUGCAAGGCCGACAUCUCACACUCCACGUUGAUACCACUAUACGGCCGGGGAUCCUCUUCUUCUUCUUCCGAAUGCGAUUCCAAGAAACCUGGUUCAGACAUUCCCAUACCUCGUAGGCCGCCGUCUCCGGAUGCACUGAGUCUGAACUCUAGCAACGCUUACUGUCCGAGCCGACAACAACGUUGCUCGAACCCUUCCCUUUCGCAUUCACAGUUAUCUCAGGAGCAGCUGAUGACUAGUUUCAGCUCGAACGCUGGCAUGUUUGGGGAGAUGGUCUAUGCUCGGAUGUUUGGUUGCUCCGACAUGAGUCUCAGCAAUUAUCCUCCGGCAUACUCCUAUCCUGGAGUUGCGAACAACGGUCGUAGAGUGAGAAGGCAAGAAAUGAAGCUGGAUCGGUCCUUUAACCGAUUGUCAGUCUUUCUUUUCUGUUGUAUGGUGUUCUGUCUCCUUCUGUUCUAAUUAGCUUCAAUCGUAUUGCUUUGAAGCUACUAAU